AUGAGGCAGAUUCAGAUUAUCAUCACGCUGUCCCUCAGGAACGUGGACAGCUGCCUAGACUUCCUGGGGACACUUCCUAAAAACAUCUUCUUCUCACCGGUUAGUGUUUCUACUGCCUUGGCUGCCUUGUCCGUAGGAGCCCGGGGGGAGACCCACCGGCAGCUUUUCAGUGGUCUGGGUUUCAACAGUUCCCAGCUCACGCAAACAGAUGUAGAUCAGUCCUUCCGUACGCUCCUUCAAACUGCAAAGAGCGACGAUACCAGCAAAGGGACAGCCGUGUUUGUGGAUAACCGCUUCAAGCCGCAGCCUGAGUUCCUGGAGGUCUUGAAGCAGUCCUAUUUUGCAGAAGGGUUCAAUGUUGAUUUCACCCAAACCACAGAGAGUGCCGAUACCAUCAAUAAGUAUGUGGAGACCAAGACCAACGGGAAGAUUGACAAGCUGGUUGAAAGCCUGGAUGAGAAUACAGUCAUGUACCUCAUCAGUUACAUAUACUUUAAAGGAAGGUGGGAGACUCCGUUUGAUCCACAGGACACAAGGGAAGACCAUUUCCAUGCACCUAAUGCCAAGGUUCCAGUCCAGAUGAUGUAUAUGGAAGAGGAUGUUGAUGUUUAUUAUGACCAGGCCAUCAACACAUCAGUCCUCCACCUCCCCUUCAAUGGCACCCACUCCAUGCUGCUGAUGUUGCCUGAUGAUAUGGCAAGGCUGGAGAAUGCCAUAAGCCCAGGUCAUGUCACCAAAUGGCUGAAAUUAAUGGAGUCCAGGAAAUACGAAAUAUAUGUCCCAAAGUUCUCCAUCAAGACUUCCUACAAACUGAACAAUGUGCUGACUGAAAUGGGAAUGGCAGACAUGUUUAGUGGUUGUGCAAAUUUGACUGGCAUUUCAGAGGGUCAUCAACUGGCAGUCUCAGAGGUUGUACACCAAGCCACCCUGGAUGUUGAUGAAGCUGGAGCCACAGCAGCAGCUGCCACAGGCUUUGGUAUCAUGCUCACUUCCUACGUCAUGUACCCGGUCUUGAAGUUUGACCGUCCAUUUAUGGUCAUGAUCACUGAGCGCAACAUAGAAAACAUUCUUUUCAUGGGCAAGAUUAUCAACCCAAACAUCUGA